CUGUCCAGGAACUUCGUGCUGCGCUUCGGCAUUGGCAGGGGGUUCCGGACGGUCAUCACUGGCGAUCGCGCGGAGGAGAUUUUCGUGGGCCUCGACAGAACCAAGCAGGACAUUGCCAGGGAGCGGGCUUGCAAGCAGCUCAAGACCUCCCUCUCGAACCGAUUGCAGAAGGACGUCUUUGUGGACAGGGAGGCGGGGACGCUUCUCAUGCAGUGGCAGCCCAUCGCGAAGGUGGAGGUGCACCCGAGUGACCCACCGACGGUCCGCAGGUACGUGGCGUCGCUGGCGGACCUCGGCCUGGAGCGCGCGCAGCUGGCCUCCGCGGCUGACCACAUCUUCUCCAGGGUGCCGAUUCAGUG